AAAUUGACUGUUUUUUUAUAGAAAUGACAAAAAAGUCUAAAAAGAAAGCUGUAAAGACUGGCUUUAGAUCAGCUGAAAGUCCUCGUGUAACAACCUUUGCACUUGCUUCAAAUAUAACCCCACAAGACAAACAUGGUAUCUCAACUCUUUCAUUGGAAAUGGAACAAACUAAUAUUUACAACCAACCAAAAAAAUAUCAAACAAGAGCAGACAAAAGACGUGUCAAAGAAGAAAAGCAAAAACAACUGCUAGAGGCUUACAAUGAGGAGAAUAACAGACGAUUGGUUUUUCCUAUUGACUUGUGGUAUAUUUUAUCACAGUAUAUUAUGCCCGAGCAAGUGGGUAUCUAUGCAGCAAUUUGUAAGAGCUGUCACUAUGUCUGUUCAACAAAAAAAUUUUGGAUGGACUUGUAUAAGCGGUGUAUAACAGAUUCAAAAUCUCUUCCAAGCCACUUGAAACCAGAAGCUAUUACAACAAAGGUUGGAUUAAGGGCGCGUGUGAUUAGAUCCUUAUAUCAUAUGUAUAAACCAUUCACUGAACGAGUCAUUUAUGAUCCAAUAAUAGAGUCAACACAUCAAGUGGAAUAUAAAAUUUGCGAAUCACAUUGGUGGAAGCGAUUGUCUUUAUGUAGACGAAACAUUACCGUGUGGGUUUUUUACUUUAAACUUGUCCCUCCGGAGCAUUUAGAGAAAACAAACAUUUUUAAGGUUCAAGACUUGGUCAACCACAAUCCUGAGAAACAUAGUUCUCUUCUUCAAGUAACUGUACCGUCACUGAUAAACAUGCUGAAUUUGACUGGCCAGUGUUUAACCAGUGUUGGUGUAAGUGUUAGCAGAGACAUGAAACAUCAGAUUAAAUUGAUAUUUCACAACUAUAGAUCAACAGGCAAAUACUUUAGUAGUCAAGCGAAAGUUAUUAUAAUGGAACCAGUGUUGGAGGUUAAAGUCCUGGAUUGGUGGCAUCCGGAAUAUCCACAUCCAUUUGACAAAUAAUUUUUUUAGAAGUUUCUUAAUAAGUCUUUUAUAUCCACGGGUUCGCCCGUUCUUUUUAUACUGCAUUGCAUGCGUCUCGCUACUUACUAACUGUGCCAUUUUGUGUGACAGAUAGAAGAAAAAAUACAGCUAUUAUUAUAGGGCUGUGUUUUCGAAAUCUGAAUAAUACAACAAUUUUUUUCAUUCGUUGGUUUAUUCGCCAAAAACUUUCAAAUUUACUAGUAAUUGAAAUUUUCUAGCUAAUGUGCAAUAUACCAAACCUUCUUUGUGCUAGUGUGCUUUCAUGUCAGAGAAAUUCUUUUAAUAUUAUGACUUGGUAUUCUAAGAUACGUGUCUAGACACUUUUUUCUUAUAAUUUUAGAAUUUUGAAAUUUUUAUUAUAAUAUGUUCCUUAAAUUAUAUGUUCCUUAAAUUUGACGAUUCUUAAGUUUGAAGUUUUUUUGUAACAAAACACAUGCGUAUAUCGGUAUAUGCUGCAGCGCAGUAUAAGUUUAUAUUUUGAUAGGAAGUGUUAUAGCUAGAUAGAUUACUUUAUUGAAUUAGAUCUUCACGCAAUAAGCCGAAAAUUGUAAGUUUGAGUUUUCUAAAGGCUUGCUUCCGUUUGCUUGUAUUUAUGAAGUUAAAGGUUUUGUUUAUUUCCACAAGCGAUAACAAAAAGACUCUGAGUUUUUUUGCGCUAUGGCAGUACAUGCAGUAAAAUUGAAACAUGGCUUAAUUUUCAUGCGACAAAAAUCAAGAAUUGUUUCGCGCGAAUGUGUUUUUCCGCGAACGUGUGUUUGCGCAAAGCCAUUUCAUAUCGAAUUUUUUGAAAUCAACUUUGUGAUGGAGAUAUGGAACAAUAGCCAAUCAGAUCACUUAAAAAUAAAAUGAUUGCAUCACUCUUUACAUCGCUCGCGCUAUUUAAAAACAAAUUGACACAUGAAUUUAAUGGAAAUGACAUAAGCGGUAAAAUCGCUGUCCCAAAAAUCUCCGUCACGUUUUGGGCUAAGCCACAAAAAUCUGCUUUAUCCAUCUUUAGUCAAUUCAAACAAAUUUUAGUUUCGUUUGAAUAUUUCAGUUCUGCAUUUAGUAAAAUGUCUCAGAUGCUUCGGACGCUGUGUAACAAACAAUUCGAAUAUGCCACGUGAUAUGUUUAGUCUGAUAGCUCAACCUUGUCCCCAGGAUCUUCACAAGAUUGUAGUACACUCUAGUCUGUUUUCAAAAGAACACCAAUUCAAGUCAAAGAAUCACCUAGGGAGUUGUUUUUAUGGUUAACUAAAUUUUUUUAACUCAAAAAGAAAACUCCAAAAAGUUAUUUUUAUGCACAAUAUUUACCACAAAUUUAUGUAAAAGUUCUGUAAUGUGAGUAUUCCCAAUACAAUUAUGAAGUCGCCUCCUCUCAUUCUAUUUUCAUUACCUAAAACAUCUCUUACUGGUUUCAUGGUUCAUUGAACAUCAUACUUAAGUAUGGGUUAACAAACAGUUAAAUGAUUUGAUCAAUAAAUCUGUUGUCAAUUUUAAUUUCAAUGUGACCUGGUUUUUCCCACAAUUGGUUUUACUCCAUUUAUAUAUAUCUUCCCAGCAAUAAUAUGAACACCAAGAAUGAUGUGUAAAAAUUUUCUUCUUUUUAACUAUAAUUGUGUUUAUUUUGUUGGGAAUGAAUAAUUUUUAUAAAGCUUUUGUUGAAGCUUUUGUAAUUAACAUAAUUCUUAUUUUUGUAUUUAUCAUUAUCUUUUAUAACUCUGUUAAUUAAGGCGUAAUAAGAACCAGGCUUUAGGAAAUAUAACGAUCAGAAGUUGACAAUGUUACCACAAGAAAUUAAACGCCCCCACGCUUUUAAAUAAACGCCCUUAAAGAUAACUCCCCUCAGAGGGAGUAAUGAGUUUGGGCGAAAUCUUGUAUAACUUUAUUUUCUACUUUUGUUAUUUACAUGCAAAUGGUAAGUAAACUAACUUUUUCCCAGUCCAUAUUUUGUUUCACUAGUAUGAUUAAGAGAUAAAAUGCACUGCGGUGUUACAAUGAGAAUAUUUUUUAAAAAAAUUAAACGAUUUCUUGCUAACAGGUACAACCUAAUUUGGGCACGUUUUUCUUAAAUUUUGCUAUAUUUAGGCCUAAGUGUGUGGUUCAAUUUUAGCGUUCUUAUUUACACUCUCUGUUUAUUUUCGCUAAAUCUUGCAAAGCACUUGUUAGAGACACUUCUGGUUUUUAUAGGCAAUGUCUUUUAAUCAAAACAUUAGGCUUAAAUCUUGUAAAAAACGAAGCAGCAGCUAACAACAUUGAUCUCAGUAAAAACUUGUGAAGAAACUCAGUAAAAACUGUGUUACUUAUAAAAAUGUAAUGUGCGUGUUUUAGCAACAUUCUUUCCAAAUAAUUUCUUGUUGUUGGUUUGACAUUUAACAACAAAAAAGAUGAAUUUCAAUUUUAGAAAUACUAAAAACAAAAACAUCAAAUUUAUUUUCCUCAACAUAGUGGCCAUUUAUUUUUUAGAUAAUAAAUGCUUCAUUGUUUUCACAUGUUUCUUGUUUAAUUAAUAAAUUGUCAUUAGAAUGGUAUUGUCAUCAUAGUGUAUGUAGAGAAUUUUAAUAGCUGCCUACUAAAAAAUGUGACUUGAGCCGUGAUUGUAAACAGAGUGGUAUAUUUGGAUGCAAAGGAAUCAAAAGUUUGUUCAUUUGCUUGCUUUUUGUUUAUUGUGUUUUACCGAAGCUUGUUUAUUGAUAAAUUCAUUUAUAUAUAAAAAAAUAUAUAUAAGCCAUUUGGAAAUCAUAAACGUGUUAAUUAUAGUUUCGUUUCAAAUAUUUAAAAUGAUUUGAAAGUUUGGUUUUAUUAAGAAAAAAGGCUUGUCUACCAUAGAUAACUUUCUGUUUCGAAUUUCAAGAAAGUAGGAAUCGAUAAAAACAACAAAUGAAUGAGUUUUAGUUGAACAUUAUUAAGCAAGGUAAGUAGAUAAUCUAGCUUCCAUAAAGACAUGCAUUUUUAUGUCUGUUUUACGAUAGUCUGUCCAGUAUUAUACAUUUGUAUAUUUUGUGUGAAAUAUUAAGAAGUGAAUUUUAAAUGUUGCAAGUUUAAUUUCAUGAAAGUGAGCAUAUUAAUUAGAGUUUCAGAUUUGUAGCAUUGUUUAAUAUAUAUUGUACCAACAAAAAUUUGUUUACUAGACUGUUUUAAUACUGUUUUGCUGUAAAUUAUUUUUUUCUGUGUUUUUCAUAUGGGCUAUUUCUGUGUGAGUCCAUUUUUACGUGAUAAAUAAUAUCACUUGCCAAUAUAACUGUUAUCAUAUUCAGAACUGUUUUAUCGAACUGAGAAUAUUGAAUUUUAAACCUUUAUUCGUUUCUUUUGCUCAGAGCAUCGUGAACUUUUUACCCCAAACGCAGUAUCAGUGGUAAAAACGUUUUAGCUAAGUCUUGAUCACUCUUAAGAGCUUAAAAAGUGCAAAACAAUAAAAAUCUCUAUAAAGGAUAAAGGUGAGAGGUGGGAACAUUUUUAGAUCAAAUCAGGUUAUUUCUAACAAAGUUAACAAUUGCUUACAGUCACAGUGAUUUAUUUAUCAAAGUUAGCACAAGUUAGUCGGAACAAAUGAAAAAAAGACUAUUAUGUUAAAAUGAAACCAGUAACACCAAAAUAGAACAAAAAGCAACUGUCUUUCGUUUUCGGUGCAAUUUUUAUUUUAUUUACAUCAAAGAAAUAUGUCCCUUGUGACGUUCUUAUAAAGAGCAUUUUUUAGGGGAGGACAUUUUAGGCUCUAGCAUCUGCGUGGGAAGCAAAAAGAUUUAAAUGCUAGGUAAAAAUAGAGACGAUAUAAAGCGAGAUCCUUUUUAGACUAUUAUUUACUUGUAGGUAUCUUUCUAUCUGCCAUUAGUCUCACAUCGCUCUCUCACGACAUUCUUUCACCGCGUUGUCGUGUGAAAACACAAUACGUAAAAGAAACCUCUCUUCUGCAAGCUCCUAGCACCUUUCUUGCCUUCCACACAGAUGUUAAAGUUUAAAAAAGAGUUUGCUGCAUAAACUUGAUCAAGUGAUGUAGCACAAGCCAUCUAUAGCUACAUAGAAAGAUGUGUAAUGAUGUGAAGUAACCAGUUCUCUCACUAAUAGGAGGAUUGUUAUGUAAAUCUUUCAUCGUAACUAUUUGUUAACUCGCUUGAUAAACCGACAAUCAGAUAAGUUAGUGAGCGUAGUAUGUCUCUUUAUUAUCCUCUUCCCAGGGUCCCGUGGCCUCUGAACCGUUACUGUUAUUAAAUGAAGCAAAAAGCAAAAUGCCCUGGAAAUGUGGUUAACCUCUGGUCUUGCUGCAAACAAAGUCUAUAAAAUUACUUUUGAGUGAUGGCUGCAACAUUGGUGAUACCAAUUCCCCUAUUUCAAGGUAAAAUAUAUAGAAUACAAGAACCUAUGUUUUUGUAAGAUAAAAAAACCGCUUAUAAGAAACUUAUUAUUAUUGGAGAGCUCAAAUUUUAAGACAAGAUUAUUAAUUAAAUAUCUCUACAAAGUUUUUAUUUUAACGUAUUUCUUUUUUAUUUUUGUUCGUUAGUAUGAAACUGAUAAAUUAAAGUUAAAUACAGAAGACAUUCCAAUCUGAAAAAGUUAGAAACCAAAAUAUUCUUCUUCAGAUUCUGACAAAUAUCGUGAUAGGUUCAUAUAAAUAUAAAUGAGAGGGGAAAAGUUGUAAAAAAAUGUUGUUGACUAAAAUUUGACCAACAAAUGAAAUGUUUUCAGACUAUGCAAAACUCAACUGUGAUAAAAAGCAGGCCAAGCGAGCACUGUAAAGCAGGAUUCAAGACUUUUGCGAGCUCAAAAAUUACCCUGGUUUGUUUUGAUAUUAAUCAACAAAUAAAAUCUAGUUUUCUGAAACCUUAGGCAACUUCAUAAAACUUCAGAUAAACAAAAACAAUUAAUAACCUUAGAUGCUUUUCCCGAGACCAGCCAGCUAAAACAAUAAUAGAAAAUAAUAUAAUAGUUCUGUGUGUUGUAUCUUUUAACAAGUUAUUUCUUCUCACUACACAUAACCACUAAUAAUUCUCAUACAGAUACACUGGACUGAAAUCGCUCGGAACCCUCACUAGUCUCAUAAAAACCAAACAAAAUCGGGGACAUGACUAAGUCCAUUUUCUGAGAUCUUACGUCAUGAUUUCUUGCAUUUUUCAAUAGUAGGUCGCUUAUGAAUAUACUUGACUUCUACUAUGCGUAACAGUAAAUUUGAUAAUACAAACAAAACAACGAGAGUUUAAGCAGAUUAGAUUUCACUUGGAAUUUAACGGCUUUAUGGCCUUAACUUCCAAACACAAUCUCUUAAAUCAUCCUCCAUUUCUUAUGAUAUUAGGGUAAGAAUAGUCUAAAUUCAGUAGGAAUUUAUAACUCUCGAGUCUUAAAUUUCUACCCUUAGGUCCCAAAUAACCCCCCUUUCAAACCGCUUAUUAACCCCCCCCCCCUCCCC